GCCUCAGGAUCGGACAUGGCCCAGAACUUGAAGGACUUAGCGGGACGGCUGCCCUCCGGGCCCCGGGGCAUGGGCACGGCGCUGAAGCUGCUGCUGGGGGCCGGCGCCGUGGCGUUACGGCGUUCGCGAAUCCGUUGUUUCACCGUGGAAGGCGGGCACAGCAUUUUCUUUAAUCGGAUCGGUGGCGUGCAGCAGGACACCAUACUGGCCGAAGGCCUUCACUUCAGGAUCCCCUGGUUCCAGUACCCCAUCAUCUAUGACAUUCGGGCCAGACCCCGAAAAAUUUCCUCCCCCACAGGCUCCAAAGACCUGCAGAUGGUGAACAUCUCCCUGCGAGUGCUGUCUCGACCCAAUGCCAUGGAGCUUCCCAGCAUGUAUCAGCGCCUAGGGCUAGACUACGAGGAGCGAGUGCUGCCGUCCAUUGUCAACGAGGUGCUGAAGAGUGUGGUGGCCAAGUUCAAUGCCUCACAGCUGAUCACCCAGCGGGCCCAGGUAUCCUUGUUGAUCCGGCGGGAGCUGACAGAGAGGGCCAAGGACUUCAGCCUCAUUCUGGAUGAUGUGGCCAUCACAGAGCUCAGCUUUAGCCGAGAAUACACAGCUGCUGUGGAAGCCAAACAAGUGGCCCUGAGCAAGAACCCUGGCUAUAUCAAACUGCGCAAGAUCCGGGCAGCCCAGAACAUCUCCAAGACGAUUGCCACAUCACAGAACCGUAUCUAUCUCACUGCUGACAACCUCGUCCUGAACCUACAGGAUGAAAGUUUCACCCGGGGCAGUGACAGCCUCAUCAAGGGUAAGAAAUGAGCCUGGUGACCGGGAACUCCACUCCCAGAGAAGAAGUGGAUCUGUUCCUCCCCUGGUGUUUGAGGAGCCAGCGGGUCCAGCGCACCCCCAUCCCACCCCCAGUAUCAUGUGAUGGUCCUUCCCUUAUUUGUCCUCCCAACCCUUCUUGGAUGAACAAAGCCUGACAAGUUUUCUGGGGAAUUGAUUUUGCUCCUCCCUGUGUCGGCCAGAGGUGUUGGGACAGUGUGAUUUCGGAGUGAUUGCCUACAGUGUUGGUUCCUCCCUUCAGGUCGGGAGGCGAGAACCACCAUCCCAGGAAUUCUCAAUAAAUUUUUAUUACUUAAA